CAACCCCAGCUUCGCCAGUCCUUGUCAGCGACUGUUGCCCCAAUAACGACAAUCGCAUAAUUCGCCGCGGAGCGUACCCCGGAACAUCCGCCACUAUGAAGAGCAAGCGCGCACGCGAGGCCGCGUCCACAAACGACGAAGAGAAGCCGGUUCCCGCGGCGGCGGCCGAGGAGCAACCGGCCAAGAAGCGCAAGAGAGACGCCGCGACCGCCAACGAUGACGACGGCGACGCUGAGGUGAAGCAGAAGAAGGCCAAGAAGGACAAGGGCGACAAGAAGAAAGACAAGAAGAAGGACAAGAACAAGAAGGAGAGCCGGAGGGAGAGGAAGGACAAGCGCAAGGACCUCCAGGACCUGCCUGAGGAGGACGGCGAGGAAGACGAUGAGGUGGUGAUGGGUGAGGUUGAGGCUACUCCUGCUAGGGUGGCCAAGGAGGAGGAGAAGGAUAAGAAGAAGAAGAGUGAUGAGGGCGAGGAGGAGGACAAGGAGAAGCCCAAGAAGAGCAAAAAGGACAAGAAGGCCAAGAAGGACAAGCGAGACCCCUCAACCACCACCGACACGAGCGGCAACAAACCCGCCACGACCAGCAAUGACGAUGUCGUUAACGACGACGGCGAGGGCGAGGGCGACAAGACGGAGGAGCAAAACGGCAGCGGCAAGCCCGACCGGCACAUCGUCUUCGUGGGCAACCUACCCUACACGGCGACCAAGGAGACGGUGCACGCGCACUUUGCGUCGCUCAACCCCGUCUCGGUGCGGUGCCUGACCAAGAGGGACGGGGACGCGAGCAGAGGAGGAGCUGGUGGUGGUGGUGGCGGCGGCGUUGGGACGUGUCGCGGCAUCGCGUUCGUCGAGUUUGCCAACGUGCGGACGAUGCGCACGUGCCUGGACCGGUUCCACCACUCGUUGUUUGAGGAUGGGAAGUCGGCGGCGCGGAAGAUUAACGUUGAGCUGACUGCCGGCGGCGGCGGCAAGACCAAGCACCGCAAGGACAAGAUCAUCGCCAAGAACAAGAAGCUCGACGAGAACCGCGCCAAGCGCAUCGACAAGGAAAAGGCCGCCAAGGAGAACAACAGCAACAGCAACAACAGCAACGGCGGCGGCGAAGGCGCCCCCCCGAACAAGGAGCGCCAGAGCGUCAGCGAGAGCAUACAUCCCAGUCGGCUGGCUAGGAACCCCCGCCUGGGCCACCGCUGAGUUCGUAACCGCGAGUGGAAACGACGGGACGGACGACCCCUCCUAGCCGCGCAAAUUUGACGGCGCUCAAUUAUAUCGCCUUUUUUUUUUCUCUUUUUGAAGUUGUUUUCUGUCUUG